AUGCCUGCAAGCGAACGUCAGAAGAUUCUUUAUAGUAUGGGGGGCAAAGGAACUUACCUAGAGGUGCCUCAGCUGCUGAAAGAGCUGAGAGAGGAAGCAGAUCAUCCUGUAGAAGAAAGAAUUCGUAUUCAGGGUUUACAUCGGUUACGUCGUCGUGGUAUUGCAAUAAACGUCGAUGAGCUGAGAAAGCGGCCAUUUGUUCGUAAAGAAUUCACAGGGCCAGUAACAACUGAAGACUAUGAACCUGAUCUUACCGAUGCAGAUAUACAUCAGAGGCAAAGCGCUGUAAAUGGCUGGCUUCAGAUGCAGAAUAGAGCGAGAGUAUUGCAGAAACAACACCUACGACACAGAAGAACCGUGGGAGCCAGUGAUCCUGUUCAUGACGAUGAUUUUCAAGUCGAUGAAGAAGAUAUCCUUGGACUCAGCAUCAAUGCAAAGCUCAGCCCAGACGAAGGAGGGGUAUACGGCGAGCAAUACCGAGAAUAUUUCGAUGAGGAUGGUGGAAAGGGAGUAGAAAGUGAUGAAGAAGCAAAUUAA